AUGUCUCGGAGAGCGGAAGACCAAGAAGAAGGAAAGGACGACGACCAAGUGCAAUCGCAAACGCUCCUGACCGCCUCGGACGUCGCCACGUGCUUGAACAGCUGCCACGAAAGCUCCGUCGUCGCGUUACCUCCGUCGUUUUUUCUUCGUCAUCAAAACCAUCUUCAUCGCCCGCUUCGUCCGAACGCGAAAAGCCAUCCGCCGGAUGAGAAGAACGACGAUGAAAAGCGCGAUGCGAAUGAUAUUUGGAUCGGCCGAGUGGACCAGUUAGCGAAAGCGUUAGGCGUCGUUCGGUUCUCAAAAUGCGCCAGCCAAGAGGUCUUGACGUCGUCGAGGACGGUGACGACAAAACGAGGCGCUUUGUUAGGGAAGACUUUAGAAGGAUUCGGAGAGGGAGGAGGAGGAGGAGAACAAAACAACAAAAGCGAGAGGACGGAAAAGAACACUCCGGAGGAGAUGGAGGAGUCGAGAAACAACAACAGCGCGAGCAGCAGUCGGCGGUCGAGCAUGGAUCUGGCGUUCAGAAAUUUAAGAAUGACGCCGCCGCCGCUGACGACGACGAGCGCGACGACGGCGCCUUUGUCGUCGAUGACGCAUCAGUAUUCGCAUCAGUCGACGCCAAACUUGACGACGGCGCACAAUCAGUCGUCUUCAUCUUUGUCGCCGGUGAAAGCGAAAACGGCGACGAUGACAUCGCAGAGUCGACCGACGACGCCGACGCCCGGGGAGAACGAGCGGGACGAAGAGCUCGGGUCGAGGAGUUUGUAUUCGUUUUACGUGGUGUUGAAGGCGAUACACGAGGUGGUGACGAGUGCUCCUUCCGAGCCUAUGACGACUUCUGCCUCGACUUCGUUCGCGGAGAACAACAACAACGAGAGUUCAAAUGGGGUUGGUGGUAAUAAAAUAAGUAGUAAUGUUGAUAACAAUAGAAGCAGCAGUAGCACGCAUAGCAGCACGAACGAGAUGAGUAGUGGCAACGGGACGACGACGACAGAAAAUAAGGAAUCCUCGGCGUUGAAAUACAUGGUAGUCAUACCCGGUUCCGGAGGCGUAGCGGGAGACACGUUGAGGUACGUCAGAAGAUUUGCAAGCAUGGGACACGUGGUGAUAGCACCAGACGAUAUGGCGUGGCCGAUGCAUUUGCGCUACCGCCCGAGGAAAGAUCUUCGCGAGGACAGCGCCGCGGAAGAAGAGAAUGAAAUAACGAAGGAGGAAGAUUCGUAUUGGAACGAUUUCGCUUUGUACGACGUUGCCACCGAUGCGACGACCGGCGCGAAACAAAGCGCGAGUGGAAGUUUGGUAUAUAAAUCGUCCGCGAAGUCCUUCAUCGAAGACUCGUUUCUGAAGAAGCAAUACGACGCGGCGUUGAAGUUGAAAUCUGUCGUCGUCUCACACAUUUUAUUGACGUUACCUGACUUUAUCAAAAACGCCGGCGUGGCCUUAGUUGGAAACUCGGAAGGCGCCGCAGUUCUCGGGAUGCUGAACGAUAAGACUUUCAUGAAUAACUACGCGACUGCAUCGUCAAAAUCAGUAGUGAAAGCACGAAUUGCUAUCGCGUAUCCCUUCGAACCGAGCUACUUUACCGACGGUUUAAAAGGAUGGUUCGCGGGAACGUUCGGUUCGAGUUGGAGUUCGAAUUGCCCAGUUUUGUGCAUCAACGGUUCCGAGGACGAAUUCUUCGGCCCGUUAUCGUCGGUGGCGAGCGAUGUCGUUUCGGCCAAAAGAUUGAGCAUGGAUGGGCAAGAGAAAGAAGUAAUGGAGAAGAAUUACUCCGGCGAUGCCUCGAUCGCUUUGGAAAAGUUAGCGGCGCAACAUCGCGCGAAGAAUCAAGGUCAAUCCAAUCUUCUUUCCGUCAUUGUCGUCGGCGCCAAACACGGUAUUUUGAAAUCACACGAUGCCAUGGUCUCCAAACUUUUGCGUAAGUUUUUACGAGCGCCGCAAAAGUGUCUCAAAUCCGUCGUUGAUGCGUUUAGCGAAGAAGUCGUGGAUUACACCAUCACCUCCAACGGCUCGGUCGGCAAGUUAAUCCUAGAAACGAAAAAGGUAAAAACGAAUGCGCUGCGAUCGUCUUUGUACGACGCGGCGGCUUGA